AUGAUUCUGCUCUUCAUGUAUUUAUUCUACACUCUCGCUGGAUUCUCUGAAUCAUUUCCGAAAGGCACAUUUGAUCAGCAAACCUCCGUCCGCAAAUAUGAUGCUCAGGACAACAUUCAAGAUAGUGUCAGACUGUCAGAAUAUUCACGUGUCGCCCAACCUUUACGCAACCGAACAGACUUUGUCACCAGCCUGUCCAGCGUCUCACCUAAAUUUGCCUGGCAAAUGGGUCACCCUCAGCAACAGAUGCUGGGAAGUGCAGGUACCGGUGAGACUGUUUCCAGGGGCGGAAUACCGGUUUCUAACUCAUUUGGGUCUAAGACAUUUCCCCAAGCCAUUAUCAUCGGCGUCAAGAAAGGUGGGACUAGAGCACUUCUGGAGUUUCUGCGCGUCCACCCUGAUGUUAGAGCGGUUGGUGCGGAACCCCAUUUUUUCGACAGGUUCUAUGACAGGGGGCUGGAGUGGUACAGAAACCUGAUGCCCCGCACUCUGGAAGGACAGGUGACUAUGGAAAAGACACCCAGCUACUUUGUGACCAAAGAGGCGCCGCUGCGGCUGUGCGCCAUGAACUGUGACACCAAACUCAUCGUGGUGGUGCGGGACCCGGUGACCAGGGCUGUCUCCGACUACACCCAGACUCUGUCCAAAAACCCUGGGCUGCCCUCCUUUCAGAGCCUGGCCUUCCGCAACUCCUCCAGUCUGGACACCAUCGACACAUCCUGGAGCGCCGUGCGGAUCGGCCUGUACGCCCAGCACCUGGAGGGCUGGCUUCGGCACUUCCCACUCUCGCAUUUCCUGUUUGUCAGUGGCGAGCGGCUGGUGGCUGACCCGGCGGGGGAGAUGGGACGCGUCCAGGACUUCCUGGGCCUCAAGCGCAUCGUCGGCGACAAGCACUUUUACUUCAACCAGACCAAAGGCUUCCCCUGCCUCAAGAAGCCUGAGGGGAGCGGGCGGCCCCGCUGCCUGGGGAAGUCCAAGGGCCGACACCACCCCCUCAUACCUCCAGAGGCACUACAGAAGCUCAGGGACUUCUACAGGCCAUUUAACCAGAAGUUCUACCACAUGAGUGGCCAAGACUUUGGCUGGGACUGAUCCUCUGAGGACAUGUCCUCAGCAUGUCUCAUCAUGUGCAGCAUCAUAUUUCGAUACUGGUCAAGCUGAG